CCGUCGCUGGUCUUUACCGCCUGGCUUAAGUUUAAAUAUUAUUACAUAUCGAUAGUUGUACAUGUGCGUUACAAAAAAACUAUCUCUCAGUCGAUUAAAGAGAUAACAUGGUCUGACUUGAACACAAGAGCUGUGGAAGAUACCGUCUAUUGAAAGGUUUUAUCCAAGGGCUGAGAGUUCUUGCCGAGGAGAACGGAGCUAUGAUGCACAUCUGAAGACAUCUCGAUCACAUGGGCUCCUAUCCUGUGCUGACCCAAUGGUUUAAUCACCAGGACUAAAAAUGAGCAUAAGCAGUGAUGAAGUCAAUUUCCUGGUUUACAGAUACCUGCAAGAGUCAGGCUUCUCCCACUCAGCAUUCACCUUUGGCAUAGAGAGCCACAUCAGCCAGUCCAACAUCAAUGGAGCCCUUGUGCCCCCUGCUGCCCUCAUCUCCAUCAUCCAGAAGGGCCUGCAGUAUGUGGAGGCUGAAGUCAGCAUCAAUGAGGAUGGGACCUUAUUUGACGGGCGGCCCAUAGAGUCGCUGUCUCUGAUCGAUGCUGUAAUGCCAGAUGUAGUCCAAACCAGGCAGCAGGCCUACAGGGACAAGCUGGCCCAGCAGCAGCAGCAGGCGGCAGGCAGUGGCAGCGGCACAGGGCCCCAGGGAGGCCCCAAGAAUGGAGAGGGCCCUGCCAACGGGGAGGAAAACGGAUCUCACGCCUUAGCCAAUCACCACUCAGAGAUGAUGGAGAUGGACAGGGACGUGGAGAUCCCCCAGAAUAAAGCCAUGGUGCUGAGAGGCCACGAAUCCGAGGUUUUUAUCUGCGCCUGGAACCCGGUGAACGACCUCCUCGCCUCCGGGUCCGGAGACUCAACAGCACGAAUCUGGAACCUGAGUGAGAACAGUACGGGCGGGUCCACUCAGCUGGUUCUGAGGCACUGCAUACGGGAAGGGGGUCAAGACGUACCCAGCAACAAAGACGUCACCUCACUAGACUGGAAUAGCGAGGGCACGUUGCUAGCAACAGGCUCGUAUGAUGGCUUUGCUAGAAUAUGGACAAAAGAUGGUAACCUGGCCAGUACUUUGGGUCAGCAUAAAGGUCCUAUAUUUGCACUCAAGUGGAACAAGAAAGGAAACUUCAUCCUCAGUGCUGGUGUAGACAAGACCACAAUUAUUUGGGACGCCCACACGGGAGAGGCAAAACAACAAUUUCCUUUCCACUCGGCACCUGCUCUGGACGUAGACUGGCAGAGCAACAACACGUUUGCCUCCUGCAGCACAGACAUGUGCAUCCAUGUGUGUAAGCUGGGUCAGGACAGACCUGUCAAGACCUUCCAGGGACACACGAAUGAGGUGAAUGCCAUCAAGUGGGAUCCCACCGGCAGCUUGCUGGCCUCCUGCUCAGAUGACAUGACACUGAAGAUCUGGAGUAUGAAGCAGGACUCGUGUGUCCAUGACCUCCAGGCCCACAGUAAAGAAAUCUACACCAUCAAGUGGAGCCCCACAGGCCCCGGGACCAAUAAUCCCAACGCCAACCUCAUGCUGGCCAGUGCAUCAUUUGACUCCACUGUGCGUCUGUGGGACGUGGAGCGUGGGGUGUGUAUCCACACACUGACCCGUCACCAGGAGCCCGUCUACAGCGUGGCCUUCAGUCCCGAUGGCAGGCACCUCGCCAGCGGCUCCUUUGACAAGUGUGUCCACAUCUGGAACACUCAGACGGGUGCUUUAGUUCACAGCUACCGGGGGACAGGAGGAAUCUUUGAAGUCUGCUGGAACGCCACAGGGGACAAAGUAGGAGCCAGCGCGUCAGAUGGAUCGGUUUGCGUAUUAGACCUGAGGAAAUGACACUCGUGAGAGGAGAGCAAUGGACCGACUACGAAUGUGUACAUAGCCAAAAUGACUGACUGUCCCUGCCUGUCCACCACACUGCUGUAGUCCUAUCAGAUGCCAUGGCCUGCCAUUACAGUCAAAAUGUAAACACAAGGACCACACCUUCGCCAAAUACAGUUCUCAUGCACACAUCAUAAAGACAUGCAUCAGGUCUGUAUGGACGCCUGUGCUGCUCUCACAGACCUGCAGGACGAAACGUGUCUCUGUCAUUACACAGUACAAAACUUGUUGGACCCAUCACAUGCAAACCAAAACCUUAGGAUUCGUCUUGCUUUCCUCUUUUCAUCCUUUGUACCAGAAUUCUAAAGAUUUUCUGUUCACAGUUGGUGUGUGCAUAUUGCAUAUGUCAGCAUUUGAUGUCCCGUGGACAUUGUUGUUUCUAAAUUUUGAUUUUACUGAUAUCUGCAGGUUUUUUUAUAACUGUACAUGUGGGGUGGGAGAGAAGAGGUGACGGGGGUUUGAGAAUUAUUUGUCUUUAACAAUGGGGUGUUCAAUGCUGUUCAUUGGGAGAUCCAUUCAUCCACUUCUCUGCAGUCUUAAAGGUUAAAAAACAUCAUUUUGACAACUAUUUUUGUCUAAUAGGUUGGUUCCAUAAUUGCCUUCUUUUUUUUUUUUUUAACAAAGUAUAAAGCAGUUAAUGAAAGGCUGAACUGUUCUUUUGUUUUUGCAACUCUCCUCAGAAAUGGUUUUCAGGUGUUCACAAUUCAUCAGGUUAAUAUAGAGCUCUAAAGAAUCCAAAGCCUCCAGGCUGAAAGAUAAUCUUUGUAACUGUUAAAAAACACGUCGAUCUCAUGUUCUAUCAGUCUGCUGGGCAGAAAGACACCAACUCUGAUGCGCGGUCAGUUUCAGGUUACCGUCACUGAACUCGCCCUGGAUCCGUCUCAACGAUGUGUGUUUGUGUCCGUAGUGAGGUAACGGGGUUCAGGAGAAUCUUGCUUUCUGGAGUUGCUCCAGCUUCUGGGAUCUGUAGGGAAAGAGAGCGAGAAAGAGAUACGGGAAAUCGGGCCCAUAACCGCUCACAUCCAUCUGACGUGAACUAUUAAGUCAUAAUUGUGCUUGUUUCCUCAAUUAAUGGCUUGUUGCUGUCUAAUGCUGGAUGAUAAUCAGACUAGUCCGUGCUAAUUGUGUCCUGCUUCCCCUGCUUGGUCAUUAAACAUCAGGACAUCAUCUGGAUUAUCACUUACUGGCUGGAGUUCAUAUUACAGUUUGUCGUGUAGAGCAGUCGUUGUCAGAGGGCUUAGAAACGUCCCAACUUUUAUUAAGUUUACUUUUUUGACUUGUUUGGAUUGACAGAUGUGAGGUAAAAACGGGGGGAGAGAGGGGGAGACAUGCACAAAGGGUGUUUCAUUCAAACUCGGACUGGGCGGCAUGGACUCAGUCUUGUUACAUGGGGGCACCCCAACUUACUCUCUUUAAACUUUGCAGCUUUCAUGUCCAGCAAGUACACACUACAGUCACUACUUCAGUGUGUCGAUGCCCCACACACACACACACACACACACACACACACACACACACACACACACACACACACACACACACACACACUCUGGAGACGGGCUGCGUUUAGGCCGAUGCAGGGAUAGACAGCGCUUUUGUGAGUAGUGUUCAAAGUGUUCAAAGAUGGCGUCUUGAGGCAAGUCUGUGCUUGUUAAAUAGCAGCAUAUGACUUGAUGUAACAUGGUAUCUGCAUAUAAUAUAUUAUAUAUAAAUAUAUCUGUGAUAUCACAGGGGACUCUUUUGUAUGCCACUCAUACGCUGAUGGAGGUUUUUAAAGUUACUUCACGCUUGAAAUACAGUCAGUGAUGUUAUUGUGCAUCACCAGGCGUCGUGACCAUGAGGAAUGUUUGUUUUUUAUAAAAUACCGUUAAACAGUCAUAGAGAAGGGGUAGAGAAAGCCCUUUUGAAGGGGGAUUUUUUAUUUUUUUUUCCUUCAUCUUAGAUUUUAGAAACAGGGAGGUGUAUGUGUUUAUUCAAGCCAUAGAAGACACAUCUAAUUAAAAUGCUCUUAAAGAUGAAUCAGAAUUGGUGCAGAAAGUGUGCAGUGGGUAAAAAAAGGGUGAGCAGUGUCCUGUCUGCCUCCUCGGGUUACGUCAAAGUCCAACCAAGCCAACUUGAUGGCAUUCCAGGUCUCAUCUCGCAGCCAUGACGACUAAUGGCUUGACACACACACACACACACACACACACACACACACACACACACACACACACACACACACUAGCCUCGUCGGUUACUUGUUUUGAAAAUGUUUGUACUGAAGCUAAAGACUAUUUUGAAGUUUGCUUUAAUACAGUCAGCAGUGAUUGGAUCGUACCACAAAGACACUAUUUCAAUGAUGUCUAUGACAGUGGAAUGGUAUUUUAUAAUGUUUUGUUUUUAGACGAUAAGCUUUUACACUGCAUUCAAGUGUAUUUGCUAUUUUGUGUCCCUUCCGAAAGUACUAACGUUAAUUCUGUCUUUGAUAUGUCGGAGAGCCCUUGAAGGUUUUGUACUUAUCAAAACUUUUUGUAAUUAUGAUUUAUUUGUAGCUACGUACACAAAGUGAAAAAAUAAAAUCUGGAUUUAAUUGUGGUUUUAUCACAGAGAACAUGUAAAUACCAAUUUGCAGAUUUCUUUUUGUUGUGUUGUCUUUGCCCUCACAUAUGUUGUACUCUCUUUCUCUCUCACUCACAUGGUUGCAAACUGCAGCUUCCUGAUCUGACUGUUGUAAUAUCACUCAGAUUCCAGAAG